CUUGGCUUCCGCAACACAACCUAUGGAGGUCAGCACGUGGCCAGCGAUCCUUGAUCUGUUAGGGAACUUGGCUUUCCCGAUGAUACUCCUAGGGAGUUUGCUGUUGAGGAGCUCGUCUUCAAACAGUCCUGCAGGACCCAAUUUGCCCUUCGGACUUGGAAGAAGCAAGGCCAAGUUUCAGAUGGAACCGAACACAGGAAUCACAUUUGACGACGUGGCCGGGGUCGAUGAGGCGAAGCAGGACUUCCAGGAGAUUGUGGAGUUCUUAAGGACGCUAGAGAAGUUCGCGGCCGUGGGGGCAAGGAUCCCCAAAGGAGUUCUUCUAGUGGGGCCACCAGGGACGGGGAAGACCUUGUUGGCCAAGGCGAUUGCAGGAGAAGCUGGGGUCCCUUUCUUUUCGCUGUCCGGUUCAGAGUUCAUCGAGAUGUUUGUCGGGGUAGGCGCUUCGAGGGUGCGAGACCUGUUCAACAAGGCGAAGGCGAAUUCGCCUUGCUUGGUCUUCAUUGAUGAGAUUGAUGCUGUCGGGAGGCAGAGAGGAACUGGCAUUGGAGGAGGAAAUGAUGAAAGAGAGCAAACACUGAAUCAGUUGCUCACCGAGAUGGAUGGUUUUAGCGGGAACAGUGGAGUGAUCGUCAUCGCGGCAACGAAUCGUCCCGAAAUCCUCGAUUCUGCCUUGCUCAGGCCAGGAAGGUUUGACAGACAGGUAAGUGUUGGACUACCAGAUAUAAGGGGAAGGGAAGAGAUACUGAAGGUACACAGCAAAAAUAAGAAGCUAGAUAAGGAUGUAUCUCUCGGUGUGAUUGCCAUGCGAACGCCGGGAUUCAGUGGCGCUGACUUGGCGAAUCUGAUGAAUGAGGCCGCCAUUCUUGCUGGGAGGAGAGGCAAAGACAAGAUCACGAUGAAGGAGGUCGACGACUCGAUUGACCGCAUCGUGGCUGGAAUGGAAGGAACCAAGAUGGUGGAUGGAAAGAGCAAAAUGUUGGUCGCAUAUCACGAAGUCGGGCACGCUAUCUGCGUGACAUUGACACCAGGACAUGACCCGGUACAGAAAGUCACUCUAAUACCCAGAGGCCAAGCUCGCGGUCUCACGUGGUUUUUGCCCGGUGAAGAUCCUACCCUCAUCUCCAAACAGCAGUUAUUUGCUAGAAUUGUUGCAGGUCUAGGUGGCCAAGCCGCUGAGGAAGUCAUAUUCGGAGAACCAGAAAUCACCACCAGCGCAGCUGGAGACUUGCAACAAAUCACUCAGAUAGCAAGACAGAUGGUAACAACGUAUGGUAUGUCCGAAAUUGGGCCAUGGGUGUUGAUCGAUCCAACAGUACAAAGCAGCGAUGUAGUCCUGAGGAUGCUAUCUAGGAAUUCCAUGUCAGAGAAGCUCGCGGAGGACAUCGACUCAUCUGUCAAGAACAUCAUUGACAAUGCAUAUGAGAUCGCAAAGGCACAUAUAAAGAACAACCGGGAGGCCAUGGACAAGAUAGUGGAUCUGCUUCUGGAGAAAGAGACACUUACAGGAGAUGAAUUCAGAGUGAUACUUUCGGAAUUUACAGAUGUUUCAAUCAACAACACAAAGAGGACUCCUGCUAGGGAGAUGAUUGAGGUCUAGGAAACACAAUUAUAGUUGUACAUUAGCAGAGUGAAAAGAAAUUUAAAUAUGUACUCUGACUAGAGGAUUGUAUAAAUAACAAGGUCUAGUUUUUUUACAUGGAAAAGAGAGUUUUACUGUGUCUUGCUAAUUGAUAUUGCGACAAUUUACUCAUUUGAUUGCUGCA